UGCAUCUCUUAGAUGCCAUCUCUGGGGAUGGAAGGAGAGAAUCAGCAGAAGGAGUUCCAGCUGCGGACCUCCUGGAGUGUGGUCUUGGGGAUGAAGUUCUUUCUGGUUUCCACAGAUGAACGUCUCACAGCAGAGGAAAUGGAUGAGAGGAGGCAUCAGAACAUCGCCUACCAGUAUCUCUGCCACCUGGAGGAGGCUAAGCGCUGGAUAGAAGCUUGCUUGAAAGAGCCUCUGCCCCCUCCCACGGAGCUGGAGGAGAGUCUGCGAAAUGGUGUCACCCUGGCCAAGCUCGGGCAUUUCUUUGCUCCCGACGUGUGUCCCUUGGGGAAGAUCUACGAUCUUGACCAGGCCCGAUUCCAGGCCUGCGGGCUACAUUUCCGUCACACGGACAACAUCAACCGAUGGCGGGACGCCAUGAGUCGUGUCGGGCUACCUGUGAUCUUCCACCCUGAGACAACCGACAUCUACGACAAGAAGAACAUGCCUCGCGUGGUGUAUUGCAUCCAUGCCUUGAGCUUAUACCUGUUCAAGCGUGGGCUGGCUCCCCAGAUUCAGGAUUUGUAUGGAAAAGUUGACUUUACAGAUGAAGAAAUAAACCACAUGAAAGGGGAACUAGAGAAAUAUGGCUUGCAACUUCCCUCCUUCAGCAAGAUUGGUGGGAUCCUGGCUAAAGAGCUCUCAGUAGACGAGGCAGCUGUGCACGCUGCCAUCCUGGCGAUCAACAACGCAAUAGACGUGGGGGUUGUGGCAGAGACCGUGGCGGCUUUGUGCAACCCCAGCGCCAUGCUGGCUGGCCUGCAGGAGAGCCUGGGGGCCUCCUACCAGGAAGAGCUCUUCCGGGCCAAAGUGGAGAAGGCUCAGAACACAAAGAAUCAGCAUCUGCAAAAGACACCGGAUGGCGAAGACAUUUACGAUCGGUGUUUGACCCAAGCUGAAAUCCAAGGCAGCAUCCAUCUGGUGAACAUCAGGAGUGCCCUGGAGGCGGUCGAUGAUGCACUGGACGCCGAGGACCCCCAGACUCUGUACCACGUUUUGCAAGACCCCGUCCUGGCCCUGAGAAACCUGCGGCGAGACAACGCAAGAUGGUACCUGGAUCAACUAAACGCUGACCGGGAAGAGAAGGCACUGGAACUGGGCUACGUUGACUUGCUUGAGCAAGGAGAAAUUCAAGCUGGACUUCAUGUGGCCAACCAGAGAGGCGAUCAGGAGCGUGCUGCUGCAUAUGCCAUGAGCCACAUCAACGCUUCCCUGCGGAGGGGAAUCGCAGAGGAGACAUUGCGGGCCCUGGCAAACCCCGAGGCUCAGCUCCCGGAGGUCUUCUCCUUUGCCGCUGAGCUCUACCAGCGAGAACUGUCUGCUCUGCAGCGGCAGCACCCCCAGGGGGAGCUGGCCCAAGAGGAGCUCUUCGUCGCGGUGGAGAUGCUGUCCGCAGUGGCGCUGGUCAACCAAGCCCUGGAGGACGGAGACAGCUCCAGCUUCUGGAGGAGCCUCCUCAGCUCGUGCCUGGGCCUCUCCGGUGUGGAAGAGGGCCACGCGCAGCGUUAUUUUGAGAGCCUGUCAAAACAGAAGUGCCUCUUUCGGGAUACACGGCGUGACUUCCUGAGCUGGAACGAUAUCCAGGCCUCGGUGAAUGACGUGAACGCCCUCGUCCGCGAGGAGGGGGAGAAAAUCCUUGCCGUCCGGCUGAUCAACGAGGCUCUGCUGGGUGCCUGUCCAGAGAGGACCCUCACGGCUCUGCUCCUGCCGUCGGCCGGCCUCUGUGAUGUGAUGCUCCCGAGGGCCAAGCGAUACCAUUUCGUUCUGGUCCAGAUGUUGAGGCAGAAAGCCCAGGUGACGGGAGAUGCCGGAGCGCUCCUGUGGUGGGAAGAAAUCCAGGAGGGGGUCUGCAGGGCCAACCAAGACGGCGAAGCUGCACUCCAAAUGGCCCUGGGCGUCGCCGCCAUUAACCAGGCCAUCAGGGAAGGGAACGCGGCCCAAACCGUCCGAGUCCUGCGCAAUCCGCACGUGGGUCUCUGUGGCGUGGUGGUGGAGUGUGCCGCGGCUUACCAGGCGCAGCUCUGUGCCGUGGCGGCUGCACGAAAGCCUGCAGGGGACUCAAAAGCGCCCUGGGUGCGGCACCGACUGAAAGAUGGCACGGAGUACUACUUCAGCCUGCGGUCCUUUGAGGGCUCGUGGGAGCAGCCCAAGCCCCUCGCCCUCCGCACGGCCCACCUCAGCCGGGAGGAGAUCCAGGCGGCCAUAGCCCGAGUGACCUCCGCCCAUGACCGGGAGCGCCUGUGGGGAUCCAACGUCCGGCUUGUCAUCCGGCUGCAGGCCCGCAUGAGGGGCUUUCUCGUCCGUCGCAAGUGGGCGGCGCGGCGACGGUUCCUGUCCCAGCAGGUGCCGGCAGCUGUUAAAAUCCAGGCCUCCUGGCGCGGAUACCUGCAACGCAGACGCUACCUGGAGAGGCUGCGCCACUUGCGGAGGAACACGGCUGCUGUGAUCAAAAUUCAGUCCUGGGUACGGAUGUGGCGUGCCCGAAAACGGUACCUGGAACGCUUGCGCUACUUCAGGGAGAACGUUGCAGCUGUGGUUAAGAUCCAGGCCUUCGUGCGAGCCAAUAAGGCAAGAGAAGAUUACAGGAUGUUGGUGCACAGCAGGAGCCCCCCCAUCAGCAUCGUCCGGCGCUUUGCCCAUCUGCUGGAACAGAGUCAGCGCGACUACGAGGAGGAGCUGGAGCUGCUGGCUCUCCAGGAGAACGUGGUGAGGGGAAUCCGCUCCAACCAGCAGCUGGAGAGCGACCUCAACCUGAUGGACAUCAAAAUCGGAUUACUGGUCAAGAACAGGAUCACUCUCCAGGAGGUGGCAUCGCACUGCAGGAAGCUGACCAAGAAGAACAAGGAGGAACUUUCCAGUAUGAUGGACUGGAGCAAGGAGAACGGGCUGAAGGCUCUCAGCAAGGAGAAGCGGAAGGCCCUGGAGGCCUAUCAGCACCUCUUCUACCACCUGCAGACUCGCCCGGUGUAUCUGGCCAGGCUGAUCAUGCAGAUGCCUCCAAACAAGUCCACCAAGUUCAUGGAGUCGGUGGUCUUCAGCCUCUACAGCUAUGCCUCCAGCGCCAGAGACGCCUACCUCUUGCUCCAGCUCUUCCGGUGCGCCCUGCAGGAGGAGAUUGCGUCAAAAGUGACUCAGCUCCGGGAGAUCCUCACGGGGAACCCAACCGUGAUCCGCAUGGUGGUGAGCUUUUAUCGCAACGCUCGUGGGCAGAACGCCUUGCGCCAGAUCCUGGGAGAGCCGGUGCAAGAGGUCCUGCAGAACAGAAACCUGAGCAUCCGCAUGAGUCCUGUGGAGAUCUACAGGGGCUGGAUCAACGAAAUGGAGUCGCAGAGUGGGCAGAAGAGCAAUCUUCCGUACAAUGUCACCCCCGAACAAGCCCUCGGUCACCCUGAGGUCCAGAGGCGGCUGGACACCUCCCUCGGCCAUCUCCUCGUGCUGGCAGACAAGUUUCUCUCGGCCAUCCUCUCUUCGGUGGACAAAAUCCCGUAUGGGAUGCGCUACAUGGCCAAAGUCCUGAAGACAACCUUGACUGAGAAGUUUCCAGAUGCCUCCAAGGAAGAGGUCUACAAGGUGGUGGGGACUCUGCUCUAUUAUCGCUUCAUGAACCCGGCAGUGGUGGCCCCGGACGGCUUUGACGUUGUGGAUCUCUCCGCUGGAGCGCCCCUGCACCCUGACCAGCGGCGCAAUUUGGCCUCUGUGGCCAAGAUCCUGCAGCACGCGGCUGCCAACCAGCUUUUUGAGGGAGAAAACCGCCACUUGAACGUGGUGAAUCAGUACCUGGAGGAAACGCAUCAGAAAUUCAGGGCAUUUAUCAGCGCAGCCUGUUCAGUCCCUGAGCCGGAGGAGAGAUUUAACGUGGACGAAUAUUCCGAGAUGGUGGCCAUCACCAAGCCAGUGGUCUACAUAACCGUUGGGGAGCUGGUGAACACCCACAAGUUGCUCCUGGAGCACCAGCGCGCCCUGGCUCCCGAUCCCCAGGAUGUUCUGCACAAGCUUCUGCAAGACCUUGGAGAGGUGCCAACCGUCCCCUCGUUAAUCGGCCACAGCCUGGGCCAAGGGGCGAACGGUAACUGGGAGCAGGCGUUGUCUCAGCUCUCCAGAAUGGAGCUCUCACUCACGCUCAGCGGCAAACGCGACGGGGUGGAAGCUGACGCCGAGGGCGAGGACGAUGCCAAAGGCCUGUGGCUAAGUACCAAGCAGAUGCUGGUGGAUGUGAUCCGGUCACAACCUGGAGACUCCCUGGCUGAGAUCCUGCACACGCAGGCGUCGGAGGACGAGGAGCGGCUCCACCGUCGGCUCGUGCGGAGCAGGGCCCUCUGCGCGCCCCAGAGCCAAGAGGGGGCCUGGCGCUGCCCCCCGCAGUCUGGCAGCGGCUCCCUUUCCCUCGCGGAGAAGAAGAAGAAAAUCGUCAGGAGUCUGCAGCGCCUGGAGCCCCUGGGCUGGGGGGACCCGGCCGGCCCGGCCCAGGCCCUCCUCGGCGAGAUUGCCAAGGACAUCCGCUCCCGGAGGCAGCACCGGCAGCGCCGCAGGGCACAGCUGGCGAGGCUGCAGCAGGCCUCACGGGGCCUCGGCUCCAAGCGGAGGUUCUUCGAGGAGCAGGCGGACUACUACCAGCAGUACCUCCGGACGUGCCUGGACAACCUGGCCGCUGGAAACAGGCCCAACAAGAAACAGGCGGUGCUGCAUUACACGGCGGCCCGCCUGUUUGAAAAGGGCGUCCUGCUGGAGAUCGAAGACCUCCCGUCAAACCAACUUAGAAAUGUCAUUUUUGAAAUUAUUCCUUCCCGGGAGGCUGGCAAGUUCCAAGUCAAGGCGAAGUUUAUGGGGAUCGAUAUGGAAAACUUCCAGCUUCAUUACCAGGACCUCCUCCAACUCCAGUAUGAAGGCGUUGCCAUCAUGAAAAUGUUUGACAAAGCCAGAAUCAACGUCAACCUUCUAAUCUUCCUUCUGAACAAGAAGUUUUUCAAGAAGUAAUGGGGGAGGGGGGUGCUUUGGGCCAUGGCUGUGGAAUAUUGGGGGCCGUGUGGGAAAGAUGCCAAAGAGAUAGUGGGGCUUGCUUUACUGCAGAUCUGCUUCAGAGAAACCCAGAACCACCCACUCGGGGGGACCCUGUGGGCAUCUGGGCCGGACCCCUCGCUGGCAGAUCUUUGCAUGGCAGAACGCUUCCUUGUGCAAUGAGCAUUUCUUGCAUGUAGAAUGCUGGCACAGUAUAUCAAGGGUAGGCUAGUUUUCUAGGUGCAAAGCACUUCCUCUGCAAUCCAGCCCACCCCUGCAACGGUCAGUUCAGCCUAGAUGUCCGCUCUCCAGUUCCUAAAGCUCAGUGCCCAGGGAAGAGCUGCUAAAUGUCCUGGGAAGCAAAACGCCCAGCUCUCUCAGUUGCUAGAGUUGGAGGAGGCAGACGGUGUCCACCCAGGCGAGCCUUCCUCCUGCUUUCAUCCAUCCUCUGGACCCCACAGCCUCGGUCGGUGGCCCUGGCGUUUUGGAGUGGCUGUUUGUUUUCCAAGAAAUGGGGCAGCUGGCAGGAGUCCGGCUGGGGGUCUCAUGCUGCUCGCGCUAUAGAGAGGAGGGACGGAGGGAGGGUGUGUGCAUGAGAGAAAGAGGCAUUUUAAAACUUGUCACUCACAAUCCUGAGAGUUUGCACAGAAUCAACUUUCCUCAGAAUGGAGAGUUUUACAAAUUCAGAUAGUUUGAAACAGAAGCUGCCAAGUUGUCCAAGGGCUCAAUUAUUUUUAUACCAGCACUUGGGAGGCUGCUGAAAGCUGAGAAUUUAGAAUUCUUCCCUGAUAAUUUAAGUUUUCAAUCAAAAGAAUAUGAUAAUUAAGUAUCAAGUUUGCACAGAAUGUUAACGUUCUCAGGCAUUUUAUUAAAAUCUGCAAUAAAUUCCAUUAUUCAAUUUUUUAAUACCGUAAAUGUUGUCUACUAGAUAAUUGCUAUGGGUGUAACUGUGAAGGACUUCUGCUUUAUGUUUUGUACACCAGGUUUUCAAAUACUCAAAAAUUAUGUCAUCGUCCACACAAUUCACUA